UCCAAUGCUCGCAGACGAGAACUGAGCAGCAGGGAUCCCGGGAGUGUAGCAGAAAAAGAUAUCGACGGCGAUCAACACGAAUUUUGAGAGGGGAGGCACGAGUCACGCUUUCGCCAAGCAAAAUGAAAAUGGCAAAACUAACACAGCUGAUUCUGUCCAUGGUAACACUGCUGCUAGCUACUCUUAUAGUAACAAGUCAAGCCGCGGCGGGCGAUGAUGAUUUAUGUGAGACAUUGGAAACAGAACUUUAUGUCACGAAAGAAAAGACAUAUGACUACAAUGGGCGGACCCGACGGCUGUUAUGCGGCGGAACAAUCAUGGUGACCAAGUGCGAAGGCCUGUGCAAGUCGCAUGUACAGCCCAGCGUUGUACAUUACCCAGGAUUUAAAAAGAGCUGCCAGUGCUGCAGAGAAGGGAGCCUGAGAAGCAAACUGGUAACUUUACACGAAUGCUUCGACGGAAGUAAACGAAUAAGCGGGCAAACUGCAAACUUCCUCAUCAAAGAGCCUGCAGAAUGUGCUUGCUACGACUGCGCCAUUUAAUGGACGAUUGUAAAGCUAGGAGGUGUUUUGAGCGGAAGUGACGUUUAGAGAGAGAAGUGACGCAGUAUGUGAUACAUGAAUUCGUAAAUUUCGAAUAAAGGGGAAGCAACUGGAAGAGAGAGAGACUCUUAUUAAACGGAAAUUGUGCAAUAUCGCUUGAAAUGCAUUUCUUUAGACAUUUGUGUCGACACUCAGAAUCAGUGAACAUGCUAUAGUAUCCGUAUUGCUGCAGAACAAAUUAUGUUAACCAUAACUAGUUGUAAUAGAUUCCUCAUUGACUAUGCUAAAAUGUAUUUCAGGAUUUGACAAUGAUAACAACUUUGGUUUAGCAUUUGAUGAAUGUGAGUACGAGAACGAGCGGGACAGUGGCCUUCUUGCGAUGUUAACGUGAUGCUAUAACUGCUGAGAACACGCCUUCAGUCAGGAUAAGUUUUAUUGAUGCCUUCAUGACAAGAUAUGGCAGAAUUACUGAUAGGAAGCAUGAUGGCAAAAUGAAUGAACAAAUAAGACGCAUUGCUUUUACGUUAAAAAGGAAAAUGGUAUUGUCUCUGUGUACGUGUACCCUUCCCUUCCUAAGGUAACUUCAGUACAUGAACAUGCUAAUAAGUACCGAAGUGUUUGAGAAAAUGCUUCAUAUCGUUUUCCUGAAAAGUAACACUCACAAUUGACAAAGUAAAUACAAAUUAACACUUGUGUUGUACGUGACCCUGAUAUACGUUGCUGACUAAUUUUACGUGAACUUUGGUAUAACAUACGCAUGGUGAAGGCUUUAAUGUAUACGUGAAAUGACGUGAGAUUUGAAAGAGAGGGGUAUGGGAGAAAGGGUAGAGGAAAAAAGAAUACUCUUUUUUGUGUCAAAGAAUAAAUAUAUUUAUUCAAAUA